AGUCGUUUUGUUUGGGUUUGUUAAUUUUUAUUAUACAAAAUAAAUAUUACACACUCUUUGAAUAAACGUCUAAAUUAUGGGCACAGUAGAAUUACAAGGCGAUGACUGGGAUUUACCUUGUUCAGACGAUGAGGUAUCUAAAACCGGUAUGUUUAUCGGCAAAAACUGGAUUCCAGAACCAGCUGAAUUGGAGGAGCUAUAUAAGGCUCUUGAUAAAACUGGAACAUUACCGUUAGAAUGGAAAUGUCCUGGUCGGAGACCUCCUUCACCGGUACCUGUUAGUAAAGAAAACCAACCAGAAAUUCCAGCGUCGCCGAUAAGAGAAGAGAAAUCAGAUUUCGAUUUUAUGGAUGAAGUGAGUUCGUUGCGAUUACGAGUACGUAGUAAAGGCGAGGAUACACUAAGAGGUUCAGCAAAGAAGAAGACCACAUCGUUUGAUGGCAUCCUCUCUAAUAUGAUUAGACAUAAGAGGAUAGAACAGAUGGAGAAGCAAGCCAACACGUCCCCAUCAACACCAUCAUCCAGUGGCAGUUGAUUAGAGGACGCCAGUGACACUAGUGAUUAAAGUUGACCCAAGUGGUAGUGACAUUGAAUCAAUGUAAACACAAUACAGCAUCCUGCAGUGUUAUAAUUAUUAUUGAACACUAAAUACAUUUUAGUACAUUUCCAGAGAAUUUAUCAUAGUACUUGUCAAGACAACCAUGUUUAGAGCAUUAUAUUAAUUGCACAUUGUUUAACCUGUUGUUUGUCCCAAUAUAGAUCUAAAUGAGACACUAAUGUAUUUUCAAUUUCAUUGUGUUUCAUUCAUAAUAAAGUGUCUUUCAAGAGAUCAAGAUGUUACUUAAUUGUUAAAUUAAAACAAUAAAUUGAUGUAAAUUA